ACGCAAAGAAAUCUGACAAGUGUGAACAUCUGCAGUGCAGUUUUGUAUCGUUAUUUUGAUUGUUUAUUUAGAAUAAUAACUUAUUUAUUAAUAUAUUAACUAUGGCUCGUAUGAGUGUGUGUUAUUCAAGUCGAUCCAUAAUAAGCCACAAGGGUUUUAACAUGAACGAUGCCGAGGAAAUGACAGACGCUGACCUGAUAAAAGCCGUCAACGAGCUUAAACAACAGAUCAAAAUCACUAAUUUGGAGAACGACAUUCUUGAGAGGACAAUUAUGAGAUUGGACCCAUCCCUGAUGAGCAACAUCCAGCAAGCCAUCGAGUAUGCCAGCAAGCUGGCCAGCUCAUCCUCCACGGGAGGGAGCUUCAUGAGGUCCCAGACCUCCAGGUUUGACUUCAGCGCGUCCAAGAUCCUCUCCAGCCCUUCCAGGGCUUCAACCAGAAGAGUGGAAUCCUCAGCCAAGAUAGGAGGGACGACAGUGUUCGGAACAGGGACCAGGAUCAACGUAAUGGCUCGCCUUGAGCUGGUUAACACCGAGAUGGAGAUUUUGAUGCAGAAACUAGUCAAUGCUCGAAAAAAGGCCGCAAAACAACACGCAAUGCUAAAAGCUCAGCUAGAAGAGAUUGAACUGAGAGUAGUAGACAUCGAGAAGGCGAGUGCAGCGUUCAACCAAGAAGUCAUCGUGGACGGAUGGGACAAGCUCGCACAGCGGAUACCGGCUGAGAUCUGGAUAAGGUACAUGACAGAGUGGAUGAAGAUUUGCGACAGCCAGAUUGGCAAGCUUCGCCUCCGAACCAGCACCCUGAACACGCAGUACGCCAAGUUCAAAGGCCAGAUCAAAAUCAAAGCCGAGCUGAACGAUAAGCUGAGGCCUGUGGAUUUUGAUAAGAUCAAAAUUGAGAAUCAGGAAGCGGUGGCGACGAUAGAGCAGAAAACUAAACAGCUGGAAGAAUUGAAAAUGAUGACGGGAGAAGCGAAUCUCAACCUGACGGUCCACAAGAAAGCGAUGUGGGAGCAGAAUUCGUACUUGGCCAAGAUUGUGGACACUAUAAAGACGAAAGAGAGGCAGACGAAAGCCAUUGAUAAAGAGAGAGAGAAUAUACGAGUGCAAGCUGAUGCUUUGGCUGUCAGAUUGACGGAGGUGAAAAAAGUCCGGAACAAGUUCGAAGUCCCCGACAUAAUGGACUAUGUGGCCGUGAAGGCGGCGCUGGGAGACCUGCAGAAGGGCGCCAAGCUACUGGAGAAUAGGCUCCGGAUCCAGCACAUAGCGCUCAACUCGCUCCAGAGCAAACUACGGUUCAUAAAAGCUUAGUGUUCAUUACAAUAUUUCUAUAUUAAACA